UUAUUAACAACGAGUGGCAGAACUCAGAGAGCGGGAGAGUGUUCCCUGUCUAUAAUCCAGCCACAGGAGAACAGGUGUGUGAAGUUCAAGAAGCAGACAAGGCGGAUAUAGACAAAGCAGUGCAGGCAGCCCGCCUGGCGUUCUCCCUUGGAUCAGUGUGGAGAAGGAUGGAUGCUUCUGAAAGAGGACGUCUGUUGGAUAAGCUCGCAGACUUGGUGGAACGAGACAGGGCAGUUCUUGCAACCAUGGAAUCCCUCAAUGGUGGCAAACCGUUCCUGCAAGCUUUUUAUGUGGAUUUGCAGGGGGUCAUCAAAACGCUUCGGUAUUACGCAGGCUGGGCUGAUAAAAUUCACGGGAUGACCAUUCCUGUAGAUGGAGACUAUUUUACCUUCACAAGACAUGAACCCAUUGGAGUGUGUGGACAGAUCAUCCCGUGGAACUUCCCCCUGCUGAUGUUUGCCUGGAAAAUUGCUCCAGCUCUGUGCUGUGGCAAUACGGUAGUUAUUAAACCAGCAGAGCAAACACCACUCAGCGCACUCUACAUGGGAGCCCUCAUCAAGGAGGCUGGCUUUCCACCAGGAGUCGUCAAUAUUUUGCCAGGAUAUGGGCCAACGGCUGGGGCAGCAAUAGCUUCUCACAUUGGCAUAGACAAGAUUGCGUUCACAGGGUCUACUGAGGUUGGAAAGCUUAUCCAAGAAGCAGCUGGAAGAAGUAAUUUGAAGCGAGUAACUCUGGAACUUGGAGGGAAAAGUCCCAAUAUUAUUUUUGCAGAUGCUGAUUUGGAUCACGCCGUGGAGCAGGCUCACCAGGGCGUGUUCUUCAACCAAGGCCAGUGCUGCACUGCGGGCUCGCGCAUCUUCGUGGAGGAAUCCAUCUACGAGGAGUUUGUGAGGAGAAGCGUGGAGCGGGCCAAGAGGCGCAUAGUGGGGAGUCCCUUUGACCCCACCACUGAGCAGGGACCCCAGAUUGAUAAGAAGCAGUACAACAAGAUCCUGGAGCUCAUCCAGAGCGGUGUGGCCGAGGGCGCCAAGCUGGAGUGCGGAGGCAAGGGGCUGGGCCGGAAGGGGUUUUUCAUCGAGCCCACAGUGUUUUCCAACGUGACCGAUGACAUGCGCAUUGCCAAGGAGGAGAUCUUUGGCCCCGUUCAGGAAAUUCUGAGGUUUAAGACGAUGGAUGAAGUUAUCGAAAGAGCCAAUAACUCCGACUUCGGACUCGUAGCUGCUGUCUUUACCAAUGACAUCAACAAGGCCCUCACAGUGUCUUCUGCAAUGCAAGCUGGGACUGUUUGGAUCAAUUGUUACAAUGCCUUAAACGCCCAGAGCCCCUUUGGGGGAUUCAAGAUGUCUGGAAAUGGGAGAGAAAUGGGAGAAUUCGGCCUGCGAGAGUACUCCGAAGUGAAGACUGUGACAGUCAAGAUCCCCCAGAAGAAUUCCUAAGGAGGCCCAGAGGAAGGUGAAGGCCGCCUGCACGACCCCCCUCUCUGCUUUCCCUGAGGGGCCCAGCUCUCAGGAAUCCAAAGCUGAUACUCGGUCCUUAUUUAAAGAUGAAAAUGAUCACACACAGGCCAGGCCAGUCACUGCAUUACUAAAGCAAGCCAGCUGGGCAGUUUCUUGGCACUCUGUAGGGGAUCACCUAACGAUACCAAAUAUUGGGGAGGGCGGGAUGAAGGACAGAGGGGUGACUGUCGGCACACCCAGGAUCUCUCUGAGGUGGGGCUGCAUAAGGAGUGUGUUAUUGGAUGCCUUCUGUCACAAAACCCUUCCUCCUACGGAAAGGCAGCCUUCCUGCCAUCUUCCUUUCCCGGUCCAGGCGCUCCCUGCUCCUCCCCUGCCCCUGCUCCUCCGAGGAGAGCUCAGCUGAGCUCAUUUGGGGCAGAUGUUUGGGCCGGGAACAAUUUUCCAAGGUUUUGCAGCCAAAUUACCGUUUCAUGUUAUCCAUUUCUUCAAAGCAAAAUAUUGAAAUGGCUUUAGUGAGAGCCAGGCCAGACUGACAAUGCCAGAAGCUGGUACACUGCAGAUAUGCUAGGCAGGAGGGAGGAAGUGGGCAUUUUCCAGACCCAGCCUGGAUUUCUCACGUCCACCGGUACCACGAGGGAAGGACCAGGAAGUGGGGAGGCAGAGACCGUGUGUAGUUCCCAGCUUCUGAGUGUGGGCAUGUCUGGGGGAGGGGUGCGCACCUGCGUUUGAUUCCUUGGUUAUUCUAGAAUAAGGCAGGGGGUGGGUUGUUCUCAUAGAUUAAUAAGAUCUUUUCCAAAGUUUAUCUUUAAAGUCAACCAAAGCAAUCUGAGUAGGCUCGAGCAUUUGGAGAAAUGCUGGGUGCCUUGCAGAAAUGAUUUUGUUUCCAACACCGCUUGACAACUCUUAACUAAGUGGGUUACCUCUGCAGUUGGAUCAAUAGCUUCUCCUGCACCCCAGCCCCCACUGCACCACCAGCGGCUCCCCGCCGUGCUAUGGGUGUUAUUUUGGCCUCUCAUGCCUUAAAAUGCCCCAAUCCCACUGGCAGGAACCUUGGAGAAUCUGGCCAAGCCUGGCGGUUUUCCUUCCCAUUGGCACCGUUCCAGGGUGCCCCCGUCACCACGCUGCACCAGAGCUCCUCUGCCACACGCAGCGGCCCCUCCACGGACUGUUCCUGCCUCCCGGCCUCCCGAGGGGGGUGAGAAGCAGGCUGGCCCCCUUCCUCCCAGCCACGCACUCCUCCCCGAUGUGAGCAGUGUCAGCUUCCUUCCCUGCGUCCCUCCUUCCAGCUGCCAAAUCCAACCCCAGCUCUAACCUAGAGGAAGGUCAUUUAUUUAAAAGUACCAGACAUAACCUGGAGUAUAUGGAAUGUGGGCAACACAUAGAUAGCCUUCUGUAUUUAACUGUUCCUGCUUUCUAACCACGCCGGGUCCCCUUUCUAGCCCUGUCUGCUCCUGUUUUAAAGAAAUCCCUACUUGCUGUUACUUACCUACGACAGUGCAUUCCGCGCCCCGAUGCCUUGAGGGAUGCCACGUGUCUGAUCCUCCGUGUGAAUGUCAUGCUCUCCCCUUAUAGCGUGUGUCCAAGUGAACGUACCCAUUAACCAGCUAGUUACCUUCGAACUGCAAUAUAGAAUGUGAAAAUGAAGAUUUAUUUCUUUUAAUUUACUUAAGAAGAAACCUCUGUGCUAGCAAUAAAGCAUUUAUAUUGUGUACUC